GUAAGGAAAAAGAAAAUUAAAGUAAACAAUGAAUAUUGAACGCAUUACUGAGCUGUAUGAUUUAUUUAAUCAUGAGAUUUGGGGUAAAAUCCCCGAAAAUGCUCUGAAAGCGUUAAUUGCCUGGGGUAUUAUACCGCCAGAGGGCAAAUUAAAGUGCGAUAAAGGGCAUUCACUAAGAUUAGUGAAAAGCUCAACAACAGUGGACGGCUGGGUUUGGCGAUGUACCGAGCGGUAUUUAAAGGGCCAUAAAAGAGCUGGAAGGUGUACCUUCAGCCAGUCCAUAAGGAAAGGUACCUUCCUGGACCGGUCCCACUUGUCCGCCUACCAAAUAUUGGCGUUUUCAUAUUUAUGGUGUGGCAAUUUACCCAUAAAUUUUAUCAUGAAAACAGCCAAUAUCACAGGUGAGCAAUCUGCAACGGAUUGGAACAACUUUUGCAGGGAAGUGGUUGUUUUCGGUUCGUUCCAGGACACGGUGAGGCUAGGCGGUCCAGGAAAAAUCGUUGAGAUAGACGAGAGUAAAAUUGGGAGAAGGAAAUUUAAUAGAGGACACUGGGUAGAGGGGCAAACAGCUCCAGUAGUGCAAUUGAUACGUUACAUAAUUGAAGAUGGCGCCCAACUUGGGGCAUAA